AUGCGAGCUAUCACAGAUCCUGAUUUUUCUAAAUGGCUUUUAGACAUUGGUGAUGGAAUAAUACCUUCACCACCAACACCGAAAAACCAAUUUUCAGUUGGAGUUCCGAUUUCUUUCAUAUCUAAUGACAUAAUUACCGAUAUUUUUGGUAAUAGUUUUACCUGUACUGAUGUUGAAAACUUUUCAAAACGCUCAAUUCUCUGCCCAAGGAACGAAGAUGUUCGAUUAAUUAAUGAACAUGUUUUGAUAAAUUUAAAAAAUGUUGAACAAAUGAGUUUUUACGCGAUUGACUCUGUAAAAAAUGAUGAUGGUGCAGAAGAUCAUGAUUUACAAGUCAAUAUUCCAGUAGAAUUUCUAAAUACUUUGAAUCCAUCUGGAUUACCACCAUAUAAAUUAAAUUUAAAAAUCGGUUGUAUAGUGAUGCUUUUAAGAAAUCU